AUGGCCAUUGCUGGCAAGGCCAGCAUUUGUUACCCAUCUUUAAUUGUCCUAAAACUGCACGCUCUAGUUGUUUGGCCACCCGGAAUGCAGAUGAGCUUGGGAGAACAGGGCCAUGGGUUCUUCAUGGGUUUAAGUCGGGCUGCCUUGCCAUUUGGUCUGAUGCGCCGGGAGCUGGCAUGCGAAGGAUACCCCAUCGAGUUGCGGUGCCCAGGGAGCGACGUCAUAAUGAUCGAGAGCGCCAACUAUGGGCGAACUGACAGCAAGAUCUGUGACGCCGACAUCUUCCAGAUGGAGAACGUGGAGUGUUACCUUCCUGACACCUUCAAGAUCAUGUCACAAAGGUGUAACAACCGUACACAGUGUGUGGUGGUGGCAGGUUCCGACGUCUUCCCUGACCCCUGCCCAGGGACCUACAAGUAUCUGGAGAUCCAGUAUGAGUGUGUCCCCUACAAAGUGGAACAAAAAGUAUUCGUCUGCCCCGGGACAUUGCGGAAAGUCUUCGAGCCAACCAAUGUCUUUGAGUCAGAGCAUGAGGCAGGCGCCUGGUGCAAGGAUCCUCUUCAGGCCGGUGACCGCAUUUACUACAUGCCAUGGAUCCCAUACCGCACCGAUACACUGACCGAGUAUGGGUCGUGGGGGGACUACACGGCGGGGCGGCCCACUACCUCAUACCGCCUGCCACACCGUGUGGACGGCACUGGCUUUGUGGUGUACGAUGGCGCCGUCUUCUACAAUAAGGAACGGACGCGGAAUGUGGUCAAGUUUGACCUGCGCACUCGCAUCAAGAGCGGCGAGGCCAUUAUCGGCGGUGCCAACUACCACGACACUUCACCCUACCGCUGGGGGGGCAAGACCGACAUUGACCUGGCUGUGGACGAGAAUGGUUUGUGGGCCAUUUAUGCCACUGAGCAGAACAAUGGCAAACUGGUAGUGAGCCAGCUCAACCCCUACACGCUGCGCUUCGAGGGCACCUGGGAGACGGUGUACGACAAGCGGUCAGCCUCUAAUGCCUUCAUGGUCUGUGGAGUCCUCUAUGCCGUGCGUUCGGUGUCCAAGGAAGAUGACAGUGAGGUCAUUGGUAACACCAUCGACUUUGCCUUCAACACCAAUCUCAACCGGGAGGAGCCGGUCUCCAUCGCCUUCCCCAACCCCUACCAAUACGUUUCCUCUGUGGACUACAACCCCCGGGAUAACCAGCUCUAUGUCUGGAACAACCACUUCGUACUGAGGUACUCACUGGAGUUCGGACCUCCUGACCCAACCACAGGUAAGAGCCCACAAGUCACAGUGGCUUCCACAAGCAAUACAGCUGCUGCAAAACCAACUGUGGUAACCACAACAACCACCACCAGGAAAGCCCCGCUCACAACCAUCGCUGUGGGUGCAAUUAACCAGCUGGUACCGGAGCAGAGGCCCAUCACUCCAAAUGUCCCCAGUACCAGGCGGACACCCCUAUCCAACCAACAGCCAUCACCACAGCGAUACUGUGAGUCAACAGAAUCCAGAGGCAUCAAGUGGCCAUCGACACAGCAAGGUGUACUCGUGGAGAGACCAUGUCCCAAAGGGACUAAAGGUAUCGCCUCCUACCUCUGUCUCCUUUCACUUGGACUUUGGAGUCCCAGAGGCCCUGAUUUGAGUAACUGCACCUCACCCUGGGUAAACCAAGUGGCACAAAAGAUUAAGAGUGGAGAGAAUGCAGCUAACAUUGCGAAUGAGCUGUCCCGGCACACUAGAGGCCCAAUUUAUGCUGGCGAUGUCAGCUCCUCUGUCAAACUGAUGGAGCAACUACUGGAUAUUCUUGACGCCCAGCUGCAGGCUCUGAGACCCAGCGACAAGGAAUCAGCAGGACGCAGUUACAACAAGAUACAGAAACGGGAAAGGACCUGCAGAGCGUACAUAGAGGCUGUUGUACAAACUGUCGAUAACCUACUGAGACCAGAGGCUCUGGAAUCAUGGAAAGAUAUGAACACCACGGAGCAGGUUCACACAGCAACCAUGUUGUUGGAUAUCUUGGAGGAGGGAGCCUUCCUACUGGCAGACAACCUCAAAGUGCCAGCUCGAGUCAACACCACAACUCAGAAUGUCGUAUUUGAAGUCUGUGUGCUCAACACUGAAGAGCAGGUAAAGGAGCUGACAUUUCCAAAUGGUUAUCUGACAGAAAGCUUUAUCCAGAUCUCGCCAAACACCAUCAAACAGAACAGCCGCAAUGGGGUUGUGAAGGUGGUGUUAAUCCUGUACAACAACCUGGGCCAGUUUCUAUCAACAGAGAAUGCCACAGUGAGAAUGGGCACAGAUGUCAGUAGCCAGAGCACUUCCAUUGUCGUCAACUCUCAGAUCAUUGCUGCUUCCAUCAACAAGGAGUCAAGUCGGGUCUUCCUCACUGAGCCAGUGAUCUUCACCCUGCAGCACCUUGAUCAAUCAAAAAACCACUUCAAUGCAAACUGCUCAUUCUGGAAUUACUCAGAACGAACCAUGAUGGGGUUUUGGUCAACGCAAGGUUGUCGUCUGAUAGAGAGUAACAGAACUCACACAGCCUGUGCCUGCAGCCACCUUACCAAUUUUGCAGUGCUGAUGGCUCACAAGGAGAUUUUGUAUGAAGACCGAAUGCACAGGUUGCUGCUAUCUGUUAUCACCUGGGUGGGCAUCGUCAUCUCCCUCGUCUGCCUCACCAUCUGCAUCUCCACGUUUUGCUUCCUUCGAGGAAUUCAGACAGACCGCAACACCAUUCACAAGAACCUCUGCAUCAACCUCUUCAUUGCAGAACUCAUCUUCCUCAUCGGUAUCAACAAAACUCAGUAUCAGAUCGUGUGCCCAAUAAUCGCUGGUUUCCUUCAUUUCUUCUUCCUGGCGGCCUUCUCCUGGAUGUGUCUGGAAGGUGUCCAUCUCUACCUCAUGCUGGUCGAGGUCUUUGAGAGCGAGUACUCCAGGAAGAAGUACUAUUACCUAUGUGGGUACUGCUUCCCUGCUCUUGUGGUUGGGAUCUCUGCAGCAGUGGAUUACAGGAGCUACGGAACUGACAAGGCAUGCUGGCUCCGAGUGGACAACUACUUUAUCUGGAGUUUUAUUGGACCGGUUUCCUUUGUUAUUAUGAUGAACCUGGUGUUUCUGAUGAUCACCCUUCACAAGAUGAUACGAAGCAGCAGCUCCUUGAAGCCAGACUCCAGUAGGCUGGAGAAUAUCAAAUAUGAGGACAACAAACCAUUUCUCAAGUCCUGGGCUUUGGGUGCUAUCGCUCUCCUUUUCCUGCUGGGUCUCACCUGGGCAUUUGGCCUGAUGUUUAUCAAUGAGGAAUCCAUGGUGAUGGCCUAUCUCUUCACAACAUUCAAUGCAUUCCAGGGAAUGUUCAUCUUCAUCUUUCACUGUGCCCUCCAGAAGAAAGUCCACAAGGAGUAUAGUAAGUGCCUGCGGCAUGCCCACUGCUGUAGCCGCCCCACUGCUGGGGUCUCCCACAGCAACCUGAAGACUUCCACCAUCCGGAACAGCAGCCGGUACUACACUGGUACUCAGAGCCGGAUCCGGAGGAUGUGGAACGACACAGUUCGGAAGCAAUCGGAAUCUUCCUUCAUGGCAGGAGACAUCAAUAGCACUCCAACCCUAAAUCGAGGAACUAUGGGAAAUCACCUGCUGACCAAUCCUGUUCUGCAGCCUCGUUCUGGUGCCAGCCCCUACAACACUCUCUUGGCCGAAUCAGUGGGCUACAGCGCUCCCUCACCCACUGUCUUCAGCUCACCAGGGACCUACAGAGAGACAAAGCACCCAGCAAACAUCACAAGGGACCCAUGUGCAGUGGAUACACUGCCUCUCAACGGCAAUUUCAACAACAGCUACUCCUUCCGAAACAAUGAUUUCAGUGGUGAUGGUACCCCUCUCACUGACUGCCGGCGUAAUCUCAGCGAUGCUGCCUUCGAGAAGAUGAUCAUCUCUGAGCUCGUCCACAACAAUCUCCGAGGAGGAGGAGGGGGAGCCACCAGCAGUGAAGACGACGCCAUCGUCCCUGACGCCCCCUCCCUGACCCAGGAGGACAACAUGGAGAUUGAGCUGAUGUACAAGGCUCUGGAGGAGCCUUUACUACUGCAGCGCGCUCAGUCGCUCCUCUACCAAAGCGAUCCAGAACUGGAGGAGUCUGAGAGUUACACUGCUGAAAUAGCAGAUGGCUUAGAUGGGCAGUUGCCGUCCCCAAACAGAGACUCCCUCUACACUAGUAUGACCAACCUGAGAGACUCCUCCUACCCUGACAGCAGUCCAGAGGUGAUGGGUGAGACCAUACCCCAUUCCCAGGGCAACGACGAGAUCUACUACAGCUCCAGGCCCAACAUGGUGUUCAGGAGCCAGCUCCAGGCCUACUACCAGUCCAGGAGAGGCAGCAACGAUGGCUAUGCCAUCUCAGUCAAUGUGGAUGACUCUGUUGCAGAAGGUGAUGGGCAAAUGCAACUGGUGACCAGUCUCUGA